AUGGGCGACUUUCGAAGCAUGCCAGCUGAAGCAUGGAACCAGGUGCACGCAAGAUUUGAGGCAUCCCGUGGAAAAGCAGAGAAAGUGACAAGUCUCCGUGCCUCCGCACCUGAAUGGACACCAUGGUCAGCUGCGGGUCAUGAGAUACCUGCCCCAUACCAUCCGCCGCUGGACGCGCAGUGGUCCGUACCUCUUCCACGCCAAGUGUCGACGGGUGGGCAAUCGACAGGAGGUGCCCAGUGCCAUACUCCAGAAGCCGGAUCACGGCGCCCUUCUUAUACGCCAUACGGCCCAUAUGGCGCACCUGCAGCGCCCGCAGUUCCUGGAUACACCGGCGAUGUAUAUCAGCAGCGCGUCAUGAUGGAGAAGGCAUUCUACGAUGGCUGGGCCGAUGCGGCAGCAGCAGCCGCAAGGGCGGCAGCUGCUGCAGGGUCAGCCACCAGUAUCCCACCUUCGCCACCACCUACGCCAGCUGCACAGGUGGCGACAGUGGCGCCACCGGUGGUUGGAGGCGUGGCUGCAUCUCUGGCUGCCCAUGUUCAGGCGAUGCCACCCAGCCCUGCCGCGCAGGCAGCAGCCACAGCCCAGCCGCUGAGCCCCGCGGCACAGGUCCCUGGCAUUCAGCCGAUAAGCCCGGCCUUAUCGGGCUCCCAGCUCCAGAUGCCCAACACGCCGUCGCAAGCCAGCACUGGAGAGCAUGUGCCGUUGGACCAACUUCAGUGGCAGAGAGUGGAGGUUCCAGCUGUGCAGAUCGCACCACCGAAGAUUGGGCCACCAGCGGGGCCGGUAGCCAUCUCGAAUUCGGAGAGCCCGCGAUCCAGCAUUUUAAAGCUUUGCGGGGCUUGGGGAGCCCUGGCGAAGCAGAACACUCCCAAAUUGUCAUUGGAACCAGGCCACGCCAAACAACGUGCAGAGUUGCUCCACUAUCGGCGAGCUCUUGGCGCCACCGCCCCACCUCAGGAGGUGGCAACGCUGACGUGUGCCCGAGUGUGA